CUUGGGGAGGGAGGGAGGCGGGCGCUUGUUUCCCAAUGGACCGCAGAGGCGCCAAACGAGUCCGGCCAGGUAGCCCGGCGCAGAUCCUUGUAGCCAAGACAAACAAGGGCCCCUUGGACUCCUGCGCGGCCUUGGCCCGGGGCUCGGCGGCGGUGCCAGCGGCUGCCUUGCCUUCUCCCUCCUCCGGUUAUGCAACGGGGCAAGAGCAGGGUUCCUCCUCCAGUGCCGAGGAGCCCCUUCGCUCGCCAUGAGCCGCCCCGAGGAGCCCGCCAACCCCAACUUGCUGCCGGACGAGGCGCCCCAAGUGAGAGCCGCCGUGGCCGCCUUGAGGCGCAGAGCCCAAGAGGAAGCGGAGAAGGAGGGAGGAGGGGGCUUGCACCCCCUGCCGCCCUUCCUCCUCAGCGACGCCCACUUGGUCCGCUUCUUAAGGGCUCGGGAUUUCGACGCAGAGCUGGCCUGGAAGCUGUUGAAAAACUACCACAAAUGGAGAGCUGAAUGCCCAGAAAUGAGUGCAGAUUUACGACCCUACUCUAUUCUCGGAUUGUUGCAUAAAGGUUACCAUGGAGUUUUGAAAGAAAGAGACCCAACUGGAAGUAAAGUGCUCAUUUAUAGAAUUGCACGAUGGGAUCCAAAGAAGUUUACAGCAUUUGAUGUGUUUCAUGUAAGUCUUAUCACAUCUGAGCUUAUCGUAAGGGAGCUAGAGACACAGCAGAACGGUGUCAAGGUUAUCUUUGAUCUCCAAGGAUGGAGAUUUGCCCAUGCCUUUCAGAUCUCUCCAACAGUGGCCAAAAGGAUAGCUGCUGUGCUCACAGAUUCCUUCCCCCUCAAAGUUCGAGGUAUCCACUUGAUUAAUGAGCCUUUGUUCUUCCAUCCCGUCUUUACCAUAAUUAAGCCCUUUCUCUCUGAAAAAAUCAAGGCACGGAUCCACAUGCAUGGCUGUAACUAUUCCCAGAGUCUCCAACAGCAUUUUCCGACCAGCAUUCUUCCAGAAGAAUAUUGUGGCGAGGCAGCUUCCAUGGAGGAGCUUUCCAAAGAAUGGACUGACUUCAUUAUGGAAUCUGAAAGUUAUCUUCAAAGUAUUUCUCUGCUUGGAUAGUGCAUUAAGAAGGGAGAAAAUGUUUUGUGGGAGGACCUUAAUGGCUAAUUAUUUAGAGGGAGAAGAGAGCGAAGGAGGGAAAUUUAAUCCCAUGGGUCUCUGGAGCCAAGGUUUUGAGCUGAUUCAUAUGCACAUUGGCUCAGCCUCUUCACAACUUGUUGAGCAACAAAUACAGGCAGAGACUUGACUUAGAUCAUUUGAAAUGUCUAUCUCAGAACAAAGUUACUGGAAAAUGAAGUGAGAAAUUCUUUUACAUUUAGUGCUAAAGGGAUAUCUUUUUCCUUGAAGACUCUAUGCAAGUUUGUUUGUAUCAUUGAACUGCUGUGCUUUGCAAUUACUUUUCUGGACCACUGACCAUACUGUCUGGAUGAUUCCAGAAAUUCUAACCCCAAAAGACAUAUUUUCCGAGGCUACUACAACAGUCUUCCAGGAACCAGUUUACAUGCCUUUGAAAAAGCAGGGUGAAAUGGCAACAAUGGCCUCCUACUUACCUUAAUAUCUUGUUCUUUGAACGUUGGUGCCUUUAAAUCUGAAAACUAUAUAUGUAUAGCAAGGACAGACCAAAUUGGCAUAAUGUAGUCCAAUCUUUUUUUAAAGGCAGUCUAAAUUGGAGACCUUUUCUGCUUUUUGUGCUAAUGAAUUCCAUAUGUUCAAUACAGUUAGUGUAAAAUAAUUGUCUCUUUUCUCAGGCUUAAGCUUGCUGUCUAUCAAUGAAGCUACAUUUGGGAUAUUGGAAAGGAUUAAAUAUCAGCGAAGGUGCAUCUGGGAUACUGAACGGGACUGAACUUCUUUAUAAAUGGAAGGGGAGGUCUGGGAGCCAAUUUCUUGUCCAUGUGACCCUCUAAGAGCCACAAAAACUGCCAGAAGUGCCAUAUAAUAAAAUAUAUAUGCAAUUACAACCUAUUCAUGUUUACUCAGAAGUAACACUUGUUAAUGGAACUUUUCUCAGCCUUUCUCAGCCCAAUUCCGUUCCUUGGUUCUCACUUAGGGCCCUUCCACACAGCCCUAUAUCCCAGAAUAUCAAGGCAGAAAAUCCCACAAUAUCUUCUUUGAACUGGGUUAUCUGAGUCCACACUCAGAUAACGUGGGAUUUUCUGCCUUGAUAUUCUGGGAUAUAGGGCUGUGUGGAAGGGCCCUGAGUGAGACUUACUGCUAGCUAAGCAAGUAUAUACCCUAUUUCCCUGAAAAUAAGACAUUGUCUUAUAUUAAUUUUUUCUCCCAAAGAUGCGCUAGGUCUUAUUUUCAGGGGAUGUAUUAUUUUUCCAUAAAGAAGAAUUCACAUUUAUUGUUGAACAAAAAAAAUGAACAUUUAUUCUAUACUGUACAGUAGUUGUCAUCACAAACCAGCAUAACCGGACAAACUGUGCAUCCUAUCAAGAAUUUCUUGUUACUACCAUUAUUUCCAUGUAAAACAAUCUAUGAUAAGUAUAUUUACCAAUCCUGCAUGCUCUGGUGUUCUGUUUGGCGGGCAUGCUUCCAAACAAAAACUUUGCUAGGUCUUACUUUCAGGGGAGGCCUUAUAUUUAGCAAUUCAGCAAAACCUGUAUUAGGUCUUAUUUUCAGAGGAUGUCUUAUUUUCAGGGAAACAGGGUAGGACUACAGUCUACACUGAUCAUUUAAUGCAGUUUGAUGCUAGCUUCAAGUUGUGGUAGUCAAACAACAAACUCCCACAAAAGCUUGAGAAAGAAAGCCCGUAAUGUGUAUCAAUGUUCUGCGGCUUGUGCAUUCGUCAUCUGGGCAUCACACUAUUUCAGGAUUUCUUAUAUAACCACUUUCUUCAAUACUGGUUUGAAACUGCAUUAAAUGAUCAGUAUAGAUGAAGCCUUAGUUGCUAUUUCAAGGUAUAAAUUUGCUAGGGUUAACAAUGAAAUGUGAUUUUGGAAGCCAUUUGGACAGUAAAACACUCUAGUGAUUGUCUUACAGCUUUUAAUGGCACCUACACAUGUGAUCUUUCAGGUGCAAUUAGAAUCCACCACAUUGUCAGGCUACUCAUUCUACUGUUGAAUGGAUCUUACUGUGAGGAAAGUCUUCAUAAAUGUUUGUUUUCUAAAAACCACAUGCACUUUUAACAGAUUAUCAAUACAUAAUCCCUGCCUUAGUGCCCUAAAGGAACCAGAUCCUGCUUGGAUGGAAGCCCAACAACAAAAGCCAGGUGGUAUAGGCUAUCUUUCAGAGGAAGGAAAUCACAAAACCAUCUCUGAGUAUUACUUGUCUAAGAAAGCCAAUGGAAUUCAUGGGGUUGCCAUAAGUAAACAUACAACUGGAAGGCACAUACACACAAUACAUAUGUCUCUCUCAGCUGAUUUGGCAGCUGUUUUGUAAUUAACACUGUGAUGUCUAAUUAAUAAAUCAUAGACAACAGAGCCUUUUGGCUCAAAAGUGGGAUAUACAUUUUCUAAAUAAAAUUUUUGAAAUAAUAUAUUUCUUCUAAUUGUCUUCCAUGUUUGUUUUAUAUGUACAGUAAGUGAACAGUGAUCAUCUUUGUAGUUUGUAAUUUACUUGUAUUUUUUAACUAGAUAACAUUUUUAGAAUUAAAAAUUGAGCAUUGUAAGUGCAAAAAAAUAUAAACUGUGCAUAUAGUUUUGUACCUAGCAUUUUCUCUUUUCAGCUAGAAUACAGUACAGGCAGUCCCCAAGUUACAAACAAGAUAGGCUCUGUAGAUUUGUUCUUAAGUUGAAUCUGUACAUUUAAAAGUGUAACUUCAGAGAUAGAUAGAUAUCGAAAUAUAUCCGGUUAAAAAAAAACUGGUUUACUCAUGAAUUGGUUAACCAGUUAAAAUUCAUGAGUAAACCUGUUUUUUUUUUUACCUGACACGGUUUUUUUUUGGGGGGGGGGGUUGAACCCUUAAACCCCUCCCCCUUUUUUUUCUGGCUAUGGCCCUGGUCAUAAGGUAUACUAGAUCAAAACAUUAAGGUGGCACAAAACUUUUGUUGAGAUUCUUGGGUUUUGGAAACUUUAAGUUUAAUUGUUUCCUUAAUUUGCAGGGCACAAAUAAUAUGAAAAGUAGCAUGCCAGAAGAAACUGCAAUAGUAUAUUGCAUCUAUGUGAGUGUACUUACAUGCCUUCUUUAUAAAAUAAUAAAAUAAAUAAAUAUUAUAAAAUCUCAUUUUAUGUAAUUUUGUAUCCUUUAUUAAAGAAAUUAAUUUUUCCAAUAA